AUGAUGAAAAUGCUGGAAUUAAUUCCUGGUCCGUCUCAAAUGCUUCCCAAUGUAUUAAAAGCUCUAGGAACACCUUGUGGGUCUUCAGACCUUGAUCCUACAUUUUGGGAUGAUUAUCUCGCUUUAGAAUGCAAUUUACAAGAACUUUUGCAUGCCAAAAAUUGUAAUGUAGCCAUUCAAUCAGGUGAAGCCAUGUUGGCUUUAUGGGGUGCCCUUAAGAGCACUAUUAAGCCAAAGGACGUCGUUGUGUGUGGAGUCAAUGGAAUCUAUGGAGAAGGUUUUGCAAAUAUGGCCAAGGCACUUGGAGCCGAUGUUCGAGUGGUCCAAAGUGAUUGGCGGAAGACCAUUGACAUUGAAGCUUUAUGUCUUGAAAUUCGUCAUUCGAAUCCUAAAUUGGUGACAGUCGUGCACUGUGAGACACCCAGUGGUGUUCUCAAUAACUUAAAUGGAGUGGGGGAGGCUGUAGCGACCUAUACGACCGAUGGACUCUUUUUGGUAGACUUUGUAUCAAGUGGAGGAGGUGCUCCACUCAAUGUGGAUGCGUGGAAGAUCGACUUGGGGUUAUUGGGCCCUCAAAAAGCUCUUUCAGGACCUCCAGCACUGGCAUUUACAACCGUGAGUGAAAAGGCGUGGAAACGCAUCAAUGAGGUCCAAUAUCUAGGAUACGAUGCUUUGCAGCCGUUCUAUCGAGCGGCACUUCAGCAGCCGCGUCUGCUGCCGUAUACGCACAACUGGCAGGCAAUUCGUGCUACUCUGGUUGCGUGUAACAACGUUAAAGAAGAAGGUGGUAUUGACGUCGUGUUGCAUCGACACGCUGAAGUGAGCGCGUUCGCGCGUCGUCAAGUUCACGAAACUCUGCAGCUCACAUUGUAUGGUGAUGAGAGUGCGGCUUCUCCGACUGUCACUGCAAUUGAACUCCCUGAGGGUACGGACUGGGACGCACUACAGGAAGAACUUCGUGCACAGAAGCUGCUGGUUGGUGGUUCCUAUGGGCCGCUGAAGGGCAGGGUGCUUCGCCUAGGUCACAUGGGCACACAAGCGAAUAAGGAGGUUGUGGCCAAGGCGAUUCAAAUUAUUCGUGCUGCACUUGAGAAGCUGAAAUAA